CAGCAUUCUACGAAGUAUUAAAUCAUUAAAUCUAUCUUCUUCCGCCUUACCGGGGAAGACGCGCCCUGCAUGAGUGAAAACACGUCUGUCGCCUACGAGGCAACCGCACAAGGCGAAAAUGAUGUGUUGCAAGAGAUGCGGUUCAAGGCCGCAACGCAUGAAUUGCGUUCGCAGCUCUGGCAGCGCCCUCAGCGAUUGGGUAUCGCCGCCAUCGUUUGUCACCACCUCGGCCUCCGAGUCCCGAAGAGCGCCAAGUAUGACUUCCCGGGGAAAUCAAAGAAAAAGACUAGGGCCAGGGCUAAACCUCGAGCUGGGAUUCGAAGCUUGGAGCCCGACCUGGUCUCGAUCCGGCCUCCCGACACCUGGAUUCUCGGCAGCUUCAACCUGUGCAUUCCCAUCCGUGUUCGUCGGUCGCCCAAAGAGACUCCGUACACGGUGCUGAUGCGGUGUCCAUUGCGACACAAGCUCGCCGAGGACCGCUAUCCCGGGACCGUUGAGGAGAAAAUGCGGUGCGAAGUCGGCGCGUAUGUGUGGAUGCAGGAGAACUGCCCCGAGGUUCCCAUCCCUAACCUCUUAGGCUUUGGUUUCCCCGGCGGCUUACACUUUACCCAUAUAAGCUCUCGGCCUUUCUACCAGCGGUGGGCGAGGUCUAUUCUCCGUUUUGUUUGCACGCUACUGCACCUGCCGGUCCCCUCGUCGUACGUCCGCAUCCGCAAACCACCGGGCCCCUCCGUCCUCCAGCACGGGUAUCUCCUCCUCGAAUACAUCGAACCCGCAGGGGGCCGAAUGCUAUCCGAAACAUGGGACGCCAAAUGCCACGAUCUAGCCAAGCGCCGGAACCUCUUCCGCGGCCUGGCCCGCAUCAUACUUUCCGUUGCGCGAAUCCCGCACGCCCGUAUCGGGUCGUUCACGUUCCGCAAUGACUGCACCAUCUCUCUUUCAAACAGACCUCUGUCUUGUAGCACCGUAACCCUCGAGAACAGCGGCGCCUCCCGCGUGAUAGAGAGGGACAAAACCUAUCCGUGCGCGGAGCCCUACAUUUCCGACUUACUGGCCCAGCACGACCGCCGUCUGCCGGCCCAGCCAAACUCUGUCAAGGACGAGACGGACCGCCGUCAACCCGGGCUACGCUCCCAACUGUUCGCGAUGCAGUUCACCGACUUCCACCAGAGCAACCUGUUUGUGGACGACGACUGGAAUAUCACCGCACUCGUGGGCCUCGAGUGGAUGUGUUCUCGCCCUCUUGAGAUGAUCGAUGUCCCUUACUGGAUCACGUCCAAGGGGAUCGACGAGGUCGGUGAGCCUGAAGACGAGGCGCUAAAGGAGUAUGCCGAGGCGAGGAAGGAGUUUCGCUCAAUUCUCAGGGAGGAAGAGGAGAAGCUUACCACGACGGGUAAGUGGCAACAAAAUGUUCUACCAUCCGACGCCAUACAAUCCACAUAAGCGUCAACGACCCUGAACCGGGGACGCGCACAAGUCACUUCAGACGAUGGGAUCUGGCCUCUCCAACCACUCAGGCUUGAGGAGCCCAAGCCUCGCCGCACUUCCUGCUUCGGCUGGAAAUCUGAGAGACUGGGUAAGAAAAGGGCGAGCCUGGCGACGAAUCACUCCAGAAUUAAGAUCUCGGGAAUACUCAGGACAUUACGAGAUAACUAUCAGAAGGCGAGAGCAAGAAAGUUACAGUAAAGAGGAGUGGCAUGCCGAGCUGCGAUCAGUC